AUGCCUUGUCGAUGCAAAUAUCGUUGUAUCGAUAAAAAUACGGUUCAUGAGGUUGUUCUUGUCGGUGGGUCCACCCGGAUUCCGAAGAUACAACAAUUACUGCAGGAUUUUUUCGACGGAAAAAAGCUAUGUAAGAGUAUUAACCCAGAUGAGGCUGUGGCAUAUGGGGCGGCGGUACAAGCAGCGAUUUUAAUCGGCGAAGGGAAUGAGAAGUUGCAAGACUUUUUAUUGCUCGAUGUAACGCUGUUUAGUUUGGGUAUAGAAACGAAGGGUGGGGUUAUGACUGUUUUGGUUCCAAGAAACACGACAAUACCAACUCUGAAGGAGCACAUUUUGUUGAUGUUUUCGGAUAAUCAGCAGGGGAUUUUGAUUCAGGUUUAUGAAGGGGAAAGUGCGAGGGCUAAGGAUAAUAAUCUUAAAGAGAUUCUGAAUUCUGGACUGAAUUGGUAA